UCCAUGCAAAACACGGGGUUUUCCGGAAAGGUAACCUGGCAACCUGAUAACCCCGCCUCUUUCGGUGACCAGUUCCGGGUUAUAGCGGAUCCAGUGAUCCAGCUGUGAGUAGCUCUCUCCCGCUGGAUGCUGGUGUGUGGACAGUUAAUGACAGCUCUUACAGUUUUUUAAACUCCGUGAUUAAAACUCUCACUGUUCUCUGCUCGUCUCAUUGAGCAGGUUUAUUAGCGACUCCGCUCGUUAGCCAGUUAGCUUAGCUCUGAGCUAGCCUCGCCUGCUUCGGAGAUGUUUUGGAGCAGUUGUGUGUCUAAUAAAGAAAUGAAGAGCUUUAACAUCCUUGUGAUCCUGGUGCUGGUUUUGACAGUAUUGGUUUGUGCAUCAGGUGAUUAUACGAUGGCCAAACUGAACCAGACCGCUACGCUCCUCUGUACUGGUUCAUGUCCUGGCUUAAUGGAAUGGACCCAGCCCCGUAACAAAGACAUGCCUGUGGCUCGGUGUAAUCAGACAGAAUGCAGGCCAGAGAAGGGAUAUGAAAUGUCUCAUGAGCAGUACCUGAAGGGGAAUCUGUCUCUCACCAUCACUGCAGUAGAUUACAGUAAGAGAACCUGGUACAAGUGUCGCUGUGAUGGCCGAGACGUCUGUGACGUGAACCUUCGGAUUGAGCCUCUUGAGCUUACCAGAAAGAUGAAGCCUGGAGAACCCCUCUUCCUGGAACUGCCCAUCACAGAGAACGUUAAGGUCACCUUUAACCAGAGCGGUGAUGAUGGCAGUCAGAGGUCUGUCCUAGUGUGUACAGCCGAUGGUCGUAAACUUCAGUGUGACUCGGAGUAUAAGAAUAGAGCGUCGCUGAAGUCGUCUCUGACCCUGACUGAAGUGAAGGAGUCUGACAGAGGAGUGUACACUGUGCAGGACACUGAAAAUGAAGAGGUCAUAGCUACAUACACUGUCACAGGGUCUAAACCAGAGCAGCCGGGUUCUGGAGCUGCGCUCGUGUCCCAGCCUCGCCCUCGAGGACGCCGCAGUGUCUCUGAGGAGAAGCCAUGUCCAGACUGUAAGCAGGACAGAGCCAUGCCAGCGUGGGGGAUUACACUGAUAGUGGUGCAGUUCUUGGUCAUAGCUGUGCUGAUAGUUUAUCUGGUGAAAAGAAAACCUCCACUCCAGAGAGAACCUGCAGUCAACAGACACACAGUGCCUCAAACGAACGGAAACACCACAUACAAUACACGAGAACAGAAAGUACAAAUACUCAAUGACUCCACAAACACUGGAACUUAGAGGCUGUAGUUUAUUUUGCUAGGUGAUGAAAAGAAUAACCAGCUGUGAGUGACAGAGAGAUGAAAACAGCCCUGAGAUUGCAAUAAAUAUCCAGCUACUAGUGACUAUAAACAGUAGAAAUAUUUUAGUAACUGUGUGACAGAACGCCCCCUAACACACUCCUCCACCUUCUCUUCUUCUCUUUCAGCUCAGUAGAGUAUAAAAGCUGAAUCUCAGAGCUGUUUAGAGAUGUUUAGUGAUGAACUGCAGACUCCUGAAACUCUGAAACUCCUUUCACUGACUGAAUGAGGAUCAGAUUAUUCCUGUUACAGUCCAGCUGCUGGCUCCAAGCUGAAUAUAGAAUUCACUUUAUUCAUUUAUUAGUGAUUUUAAAUCUCCUGAUAAGUAAAAGCUAAACGUUCCCCUACACUAUAAGCUAAACCUUCUCUUAAACUAACUCAGUUCACAUUUAAAUCUUAACCUAAACCCUUCCUCUCUCCCUUCUUCUCUCUCUCUCUCUCUCAUUUUCAUUUAUUAGCCUUUUCUUCUCUUCCAUUUACUACUAAAGUCUCCUCUUCACACUCAUCUAAUGUCAUUUAUCUUUCACUUUUAUCCCUUACUGCCUACCUCACUUUCGUCACUUUUUUCUGCCACUUGUGACGUGUGUGUGUGACGUGUGUGUGACGUGUGCGUGUGUGUGUUAUUUCUCCCUGAUCCAUCAUGCAUUACUCUUAAUCACAUGACUUCAUCAUGUCCGUGUUAGCAUUCUGCACUUUUCCUCUUACUGCCUUCAUGACUUGGCUCAUUACUGACACACACCUCUAACUCAGCUUUACUAACAUGGCAUUUUAAAGAGUAAAGAUUCUCCUCCGUUUCCUUUAAGUGCUGGAGGCGUGAUGUUUUUGGAUCGCCUGUCUGAGAUUCUCACUUCAGCUUAUAGGGGCAACCAUAAACAUGACGUUUCCUCAAGAGCAUUUCCUGAAGGAGUGUCUGAAGUCCUGCUGUAGUGAACACAAUAAUAAUAUUAAGGCCACAGUAACUACUACUACAUGACUACUAACUGUUUUUAAUUGUUUUUUCAAAGCCUCACGUUCAUGCUUUAUCUUAAACAGUCAUCAGGACUGGAACCUGGAAUCAGCUAGAAAGUCAUUAUUGAGAAGUCGUUAUACACGUCACUUCUCUUAGUGGCUCCGAGUCAAUGUGCUGCACCCUGGCAGCUAGCUGCAUGUAUAAGAUUAAAUAAAUCAGUAGAAUGAGCAGAUACCCUGAUGCAGCCUGGGUACGAUCAGAAACGUGUUUUAUUGAUUGGUAAAAGAAAAUCCAUACCAUAUCGUGAUCUCUCCAGAACAAGUGCUUGCAUGUUUGUAGGAUUUAUAUGGAAUGAUUAUAUUUUGGUACUGAGCCAAUCAGGGUCAAGGUCACAGCAAGGUCAAAUGUCUGAAAUGGUUUUUCUAAAGCUUUCUUCCUGUAUGCAGUAUUUUAAAGAAUUUUUUAGACUACACAUGAGUCAGAAGCAGGACUGGUCAGUGCUGGAAGCGUCUCAGUGCAUGCUGUUGAUGUUGAUGUUCUUCUAGUCUAGUUUCUAAUGACACCUGAUUUAAGGCUCUUGUUCAGGAUCAGGAUUGAAACUCCUCUGGUACUUCCUACACUGAUGCUGUGCACUGAAACACUCGGUCUUCCUCACAGCAUCUGUUUCUGUUCAGCAUCGUGAUUAAAACUCAGAGACUGAAACAGGUCAGCACCAGCUGUUAGACACGCCUGUCCAUUUCACAUCUCAGCUUAUGACCCUGGAGUACACGCUGGCGUUUAAACAGAGUCGCUCAGUGGUACUUAUAUUUACUGUACUUUAGUUUUGUCUUGUUUGUCAUAUUAUUGUUUUAUUUUUAUUCAAUGUACUGUACAUAGAACACAUUUAUACUGAAGAUGUGCCUUAUAAAACAUCAUGCAGUAUUAUGUAAUGUCUCUCUUUUGCUGAAAAGUGUUAAAAGGAAUAUUUAGGUAUGCUAAAUUUGAUAAAAUAAACUAUUUUUGCUUCUGAAAGUUUUACAGUGUGUUCAUCUCAGUUAUAAUUUCAGGUUGAUGGUGAAAGAUGUGAAGUUACUGAGUGAUUCAUGAAGCUUUAAAAUCAGCUGAAACGGAGAAAUCUGCUAGUCCUGGCUUCAUGAUCCACUCUCUGGGAGAGAACACACACUCACACGUCCACACACUCUCCCGUGAUUCUCUCACCUGUAUACGCUCCUCACCCGUCUAUUCACCUUUCAUUGAUUCAGUAUUACUGUUGCUGCCUUUCACACCGUCCUCUUUAUGGUUCUUGUUUAAAAACUCAGGAGAAACAGAAGUCAGAGUCAGAGACGUCCUGCACCCAGUGUUGUGUAUCUGCAAAACUCCCUAAAAACAUCAAAGUGCAUUGUGGGAAUUGUGCAUUGUGGGCAAGGCUACGGCGUUUGGACGCUAAUAUAUUGCAGUGCAUUGUGGGAUUGUAUGAGUUUACUGGGCAUCCUUCACUAGG